AUGAAAAGAAAACAUGAUCAGAAUAAUAUCAGUUCAAAUGUUGAUAAUGAUGCGCUUCUCCAACUUGUAAUGGCAUUUGAUCAUGUUAAUAGAGAUCAACAAACAAUUGUGCUACCAUCAGGUGAAUCAACAACGAAAGAACAACUUUUAUUAAAAGUAAUCGAUCUUUAUCCAAGCUAUGCUAAUACUUAUUACCAGUUGGCAUUAAUACUUAAAGCUGAAAAUCGAUCAUCAAUCACACUUAAUAAUGGACAAUCAAUGACAAAACAACAAUUAUACUUGAAAUCAAUAGAGUAUGAUCCAACCAGUCACAGGUCUUAUUAUUAUCUUGCAAAUACACUUUCAAAUGGUGAAUCAAUCACACUUAAUAACGGACAAUCAAUGACAAGACAACAACUCUACUUGAAAUCAAUAGAGUAUGAUCCAACAAGUCACAGUUCUUAUCAUAACCUUGCAACGACACUUUCAAGAGGUGAAUCAAUCACACUUAAUAACGGACAAUCAAUGACUGCACAACAACUAUACUUGAAAUCAAUAGAAUGUGAUCCAACAUAUAUCAAUCCAUAUAUUAACCUUGCAAAUACACUUUCAAAUGGUGAAUCAAUCACACUUAAUGAUGGACAAUCAAUGACUGCACAACAACUAUACUUGAAAUCAAUAGAAUGUGAUCCAACCAAUUCAUAUUCAUAUCAUAACCUUGCAACAACACUUUCAAAUGGUGAAUCAAUCACACUUAAUGAUGGACAAUCAAUGACAGAACAACAACUACUCUUGAAAUCAAUAGAAUGUGAUCCAACUAGUCGCAGUUCUUAUCAUAACCUUGCAACAACACUUUCAAAUGGUGAAUCAAUCACACUUAAUAAUGGACAAUCAAUGACUGCACAACAAUUAUACUUGAAAUCAAUAGAAUGUGAUCCAACUAGUCACAGUUCUUAUAAUAACCUUGCAACAACACUUUCAAAUGGUGAAUCAAUCACACUUAAUAAUGGACAAUCAAUGACAAAACAACAAUUAUACUUGAAAUCAAUAGAAUGUGAUCCAACCAAUUCCGAUUCAUAUCAUAACCUUGCAAUUACACUUUCAAGAGGUGAAUCAAUCACACUUAAUAAUGGACAGUCAAUGACUCAACAACAACUAUACUUGAAAUCAAUAGAAUGUGAUCCAACCAAUUCCGAUUCAUAUCAUAACCUUGCAAUUACACUUUCAAGAGGUGAAAUCAAUCACACUUAA